CUAAAACAUAUGAUUUACUCCUGUUGACGUUUCCUACCUUUUCUCCGUCAUAACUCUAAACGUAAUAACUCAUAACAAAUUAGCCUAAACAACCAACAAGGAAAACUUAAAAACAUUAAACAGUAGUGCUUAACUUUACUAUUUUAUAAUGUACUUUAUGAUUGUACUACGGUUUAUACAAUAAAUCAAAAAUUGUUAUUAAUUUUAUAAUACACUAAUAAAAACUUAUCAUCUGUCAACAAAUUUUAUUUGUAUAAACUAUACAAUGGCAGACGAGCUGAUCAAUUACAAAUUGCAACUGCAGCAGGUAACUUGUUUUUUCUAUAAUAAAUCAUUCUUAUAUUACUAAUGUCAAAUAAACCGAACAUAGUCAUUCAGAAUAACAUUUUAUUUAACAAUAUGUUAUCUUAUUAUGUUUUAAUCUAAAUUAAAUUAUAUAUAUUUUGUAUUUUAAUUUGUAUAAACAUCCAAUACCUAUUUCCUAAUCAAAUAAAUGUAGAUGUUAUUCUAGAGUUCAUUAGCAAGAAUGUUAUGUCUGGAAUAUAAAAUGUUUCUGAAAUAUAGCAUUAAAAAUAAUUUAAUUGCAUUAUUAUACUUGAGUCAUUUAUAAAAUGUGAAUUGUACCUAUUUCAGUUAAUCCUAUUUAUCGUAAUAAAAGCUCAUCUUAAGUAGUUGGGAUGAAGGUGGAGGAGAAGAAGAAAGUUAUUAAACAAUAAUCAAGACUUUCUUUUAUAGUUUUGUUUUUAAAAUAAGCUUCUAAUUGGUAGACCAGUAAAUAGCUUAGAAUAGGAAGAAAUCAGCAACUCUAGUAUAUCCAAUCUAGAGUAAAUAAAUAUUCAUAUAAUUAUGUAAACUGCAUAAUAACAAUAUAAUUUAAAAAUUGUUUAUAAAAAUAUUUUCGUAUUGCCCAAAAAUGUUCUUAAUAUGCAAUUUAUAAAACACCUGAUAAGAUUUGGAAAUUAAUUCAAUUUUGUUAUUAGGUCAGAGAUUCCCAAACUUUUUAUAGCGCGAAUUUAUUUUGAAAAUAAUUUAAACUUCAGCGACCCACAACAAUAUCAAUGACUUGUUUUGUUUAUUUUUCAUUUGUGGAUGAUUCAUGAAAUUUGUUCAGUCGUAUACUCUCAUUUACAAGUAUAGAUCCAAUUUUCUGGUAGAAAUUUAGUUCACAGGAGAAAAAAAAGCUGUAUUGUUGUUUAAUUUAAAUUAAUAUCUACAUUUUAUACAUUUUUCUGUUUUUCAUCAGUUUUAUAAUGUUUUUACAAUAUAUUGGGAAAAUAAAAAAAUGGCCAUUCUAAAGUACCUCUCUAAUCCGAUUUUCUUUCAGAAAAAGUGCCAUUUUUGUAAAUUGGAGUAAGAUUUCAGAUAGAAAAUUGUUCACAAAUAGUAAAAAAUUAUGAAUAAAUUAACAUCAUUGUAAAUCAUUAUAUUCCUAGUUCCAUUAUAAAUCUAAAAAAUUUAUUAUAUAAAAAUAUUAUCAUGAUUCCACACUUGGGAACCUCUGACAUAGGUAGGUAAUUUAUAUAAUUCUUUAUGUAAUUAUUUAAUAAUAAAUCUGGCUAUAUUUUUAACACUUUCGUAUAUAAUACCUUAAAUAUAUGAUGUUUCAUAAUACAAUUACAAACUAAUAAGAUUUUUGAAGACUAUUAAUAAUUAAAAAUUAUAAUGUGGUCUUCUUAUAUAUUAAUAUAUUAAUAAUAAUUAAAAAGUAUCUAUUUUAUUAUAUGGAUUUAUUUUUACCUACCUACCAAAUUAUAAAAAUUAUUUAAAAAGUAAAAAAUGAUUACAAUUCUAAUUAAUUACUUUAUUGUGACAACUUUCACCGUCAACAUUUUUUUUUUUUUAAAACUAAACAGAUGCUGAAUUCGGAAACAUUUUUAGCAUCAUCUGUAUCUUACAUCGGCUUCAUCCAAAGCAUUAAGGUAUUACAAUUAGGGAAUAAAUUAAUUACACUAUAAUUUCUAAUUUCUCCCGGUUUAUAAAAUUGUAGAGAAAAUUUGCUGUCCAUAAAAGUCUUGAACUUCAGAUUUGUUAUACCCAAUUCACCGGGCAACGGCAGUUGGAACCAUUUUAGCUGAUAUUUAUGCACCAACUGAUUGGUUACUGUAAAAACAAAUAACCAUGGUCUGUAUUUAAAUAAAAGUACUCCUGGUUGAGAAUUUAGAAAUUAUUAUUAUAAGAUUUUCGGAAUUUUUAGGAUUCAGUCAUGUUGAACAGUCCACAUCCGGAUGUUAUCGUAUGUACGCACCGGUAAGGUUUGGCUGGCAAAUCUAUGGUUUACUGACUAUAGUAUAAUAUAUCAAUUUUAUCAAUUAAAUUUAUUGAUUUAGGCCCCAAUUAAUUAUUCUGGGGAAUAAUUUUUACAAUAAUUUUAUUUCUACCAUUUCAACUUGUUAUUUUAUUUAUAGGUAGAAGCUGCCUUAACCAAUAGCCCUGAUGAUCCAGAACUUACAAAACUAAAAACUGAUUUAGAAGAAGUUAUUGAACUUACAACUGAACUUGUUAGAACACAAACCCAACCAAAGAAAGAAGUUGGUAUGUUUAAUAGAAUGAACAAAAUUAUAUUAAUUGAAUAACAAUAUUUUAUUAUAGUUAUAAAUUGCCGUGUAAUAUACUUCAUAAUGACUUUUUUGAUUAUAUGUAUUAUAUUUUAGUCCAAACUAAGAAGGAAUCUACAUAUCAACCUGAUAUAUUACCAUCUGUUACUAAGACGAAGGGUGAAUGGAAAUCAGGGGACAGAUGUUUAGCACAACUAGCUGAUGAUGGAAAAUUCUAUGAAGGCACCAUUGAAACUAUUGAUGGAGAAGCUGUGGCAGUUCUUAUAGAUGGACAAAAAGCUGCUGCGGUAACAACAAUGGAUUUUAUUAAAGAUUUACCAAGAACUCAUCCUAAUGAAAUGAAACACAAGUAAAUUGUAACAUAUUUUAUUUGUCCUAAAAUUAUUCAAUUUUUAUUUUUGUAGAAAACAACCAGUAGCCAAAUAUAGAGAAUACCAAAAGAAAAGAAAACUUGCUAAACAGCAGAGGUUCAAACAAUUAGAAGAAGAGCGAGAAGUUGAAAAAAAUAAAUGGCUUGCAUUUGCUACUAAAGUAUGUGUUAUUUUAUAUAAUAUCUAUUGAUUAUUUAUUAAAUUAUUUGUAUACUAAACUAUGAGAUUUUUAAAAAAAAACAUAGUAUUUUUUAAGAAAACAUUAAUUUUAAAAUACUAAUGGGUUAGUAAUCUAAUUAUUUCAACACAUAACAAAAUUAUUAUUUUUUAAUCACUUAAUAAAAUAUUUUAAAAAAAGAACUUAAUAACAUAAUGCUUAAAAUGGCCCUUACAAGAUCAAUAAUAUUGUCAAUAUUUCUAUCAAUAAUAUUAACAGAACCUUAUUGAAGUGAGUAUUCAUCAUUUAGAAGAAUAUUGACACAAAUUAUUAAUUAUUAAAGAAGAAUGAUACACAUCUUGAUGGGCAUGAUUGACAGAACAUAUUGAAUUUCUAAGAGUGUUAAUUGUCAAUAUUUCCAUAAUUUUUGUCAGUUACCUGGUAGACAGCAUGGUAGAAGUAGUGUUACUGCAUUUUCUUUAUAAUAUUAAUCUGAGAUUAAAUGGAUAUUGAUGGUUUUAUUUUAAAAGCAGAUUGAAGUCCAUCGAUAUGCGUGUCAAUUGAUAUAUUAUUGAUCUUAUAGGGCAGUGGUUUUCAGCCUGUACAUUGCGUCUCCCAUGAGCUUCGUGGUUUAGUAUCAAGGAAUCUGUGUCUAUAGUAAAUAUAGUAGAGUAAUGCCGUAAAUUUAUUUAUAUACAUUUUUAUAUUAUUAUCAUUAUUCAUAAGGGAGCCACUAAAUUGGAUUUUAAAAUCGGAAGACCCGUGGACUCAAAAAGGUUGAAAACCACAAAUAUAGGGGUUUAAAUAAUUUUUUUUUUUUUACUGAUUUCAAGCUCUAAUUUGAAUACCUAUCAUAAAACAACAAACAAAUAAUUAUAUUUUAUUAUAUAAUAACUUAUAUUUUAAGUCUUAUUAAGUCAUAGUUUUAACAUUUUAUUUAUCAUUUUAAAUUGAUUAGUAGAUUUAAUAUUAAUUUAUUUUAUGUUUAGGGUGUGAAAAAGGGUAUACCAAAAAAGAGUAUAUUUGCCUCCCCUGACAAUGUAAAUGGACGUGUUGGUAUUGGCACCUGUGGAUUAGGUGGAAAAGGUAUGACAGAGUUCCCCACAGCAGAAAAAAGAAAAAAAUAAGACUGUAAUUAACAAACUAAAUUUAAAAAUUUGUAAAAAUGAUAAAUAUGCUUAUAUUAUGUUUUAUGCUAUCAUAUCAAUAUGCUUUUUUUGAU